AUGAUGAGUGUCCAAACAGAGAAGGCCUGCGGAAGCACAGAGGAUGGGCAGACAGGAAGAGCUGCCCAGGACCGGGACAGUGGCCAGCCCCUGAACAACCAUGAUAUCGCUGGCUUUCGCAAACCCCGCAGGUCCCUGGAGACCUUCAAAAAGGUGGGGAUCCCCAUCAUCGCAGUGCUGCUCAGCCUGAUGGCCAUCGUGAUCGUAGCCCUUCUCAUCAAGGUGGUUCUGGAUAAAUACUACUUCAUCUGCGGAAGUCCCCUGACCUUCCUUCCGAGGGAGCAGGUGUGUGAUGGUCGCCUUGACUGUGCCUCGGGGGAGGAUGAGGAGCACUGUGUCAAAGACUUCCCCGACAAGCCUGGAGUGGCAGUCCGCCUCUCCAAGGACCGAUCAACACUGCAGGUGCUGGAUGUAGCCACAGGGACCUGGGCCUCUGCCUGUUUUGACAACUUCACAGAAGCACUGGCCAAGACAGCCUGCAGACAGAUGGGCUAUGACAGUCAACCCACUUUCCGAGCAGUGGAGAUCGGCCCAGACUGGAAUCUCACGGUAGCUCAAGUCACAGGAAACGGCCAGGAACUUCAGGUGAAGAAUUUAACUGGGCCCUGCCACUCCCUGGUUUCCCUGAGCUGCCUGGAAUGUGGAAAGAGCCUGAAGGCUCCUCGUAUAGUGGGUGGAGUGGAGGCCUCUGUGGAUUCUUGGCCAUGGCAGGUCAGCAUCCAGUACGACAAGCAGCAUGUCUGUGGUGGAAGCAUCCUAGAUCCCAACUGGAUCCUCACAGCAGCCCACUGCUUCAGGAAGUAUCUUGAUGUGUCCAACUGGAAGGUGAGAGUUGGCUCAAGCAAACUGGACCACGUUUCCUCCUUGUCUGUGGCCAAGAUCUUCGUCACCAAGGAAAAUGCCCUAAACUCCAGAGAGAAGGACAUUGCCCUCGUCAAGCUGCAGGUGCCACUCACAUUCACAGGCACCGUCAGGCCCAUCUGCCUGCCCUUCUUUGAUGAAGAGCUCAUCCCAGGCACACCCCUCUGGGUCAUUGGAUGGGGCUUUACAGAGCAAAGUGGUGGGAAGAUGUCCGAUGUGCUGCUGCAGGCAUCUGUCCAGGUCAUUGACAGCGCACGGUGCAAUGCCGAGGAUGCCUACCAGGGGGACGUCACCGCUGAGAUGCUGUGUGCAGGUACCCUACAAGGCGGCGUGGACUCCUGCCAGGGUGACAGUGGUGGGCCUUUGAUGUACCACUCUAACCACUGGCAGAUAGUAGGCAUUGUGAGCUGGGGCUAUGGCUGUGGGAGCCCAACUAACCCUGGAGUGUACACCAAGGUCACUGCCUACCUCGACUGGAUCUACAAUGUGAGGAAGUCUGAGAUGUAA